UUCACCAUACCAGAGUAAUGUCAGCACAUAAUCAAGGAGCAGGUGAUGGCGGCUUGCAUCACCUGAUGCAGAGGGCGGGGGUCUGUCCUCCUUUUUAGAAAAAAAAAAUCUGAUAUGCAUGUUUCCCCAUUCAUCAAAGGUAACAUGAUUCCAAAGAAACACAUUAAAGCAAUGGUAAAAUUUUAGUUCACAAUGACAGCAUAUGUUUUUGGGGACAUAGGUAAUUAAGUAGUUAAGUAAAUAAAAGAUCACGGAGAUUACACUGCGGACAUGACGGACGUCCUGGGCGGCGACGCAAGGCCGCCUGACGUGCUGCCGCCGGGCGCGCAGCCGACCGGCGCACUUCGGCUGCCGGGCAUGCAGCCGACCGGCGUGCUUCGGCCGCCAGUCGCGCGGCGGACUCCAUCACCUCCGAGGAUAUUGCCGGGGAUCUCAGAGGAUAUCGCCGGGGAUGACGAGAUCCGGGUUAUGGCGGAUCAGUGGGUGGUUUGUUUCUCCGAUCCGAUCCGCGGAUGGAUCGAAGGACGGCUACAGCAUUCUCCGUCAUCGCGCUGGACGUCACUUCGUGAUAUGGAUAACGACAUCCUUGCCGGCGACUACCUGGCGGCGGACGUUCAGAUCGAGGUAGGGAUGCGAUUUAUUUUAGAUGAUUUCGAUGUCCAUGUGUUGUCAUGUUUGCAGGAGGUUCAGAGAGAGGAGAUCGAAGUGAUCGAUUUGACGACGACGCACGAGGCGACGAGGGAGGCGCCCGCGGCCAUUGCCGUGAGCCGGCCUUCUGUGCAUGCGACCUCGUCUACGAGGCAUGUCGGGGGGAGGUUUUGGGUUCUUGCGGACUCGGAAGAUGAGGAGGACGACGACGGUGAUCCUGAUGGCAGAUCGCCGGUGAACUACUCACUGACGCCGUCCCACGUGGUCGUGGAGGCCUUCAGCCCUGGUCACUCGCAGGAAGAGGUGGCCACGCUGGUGCCGGGCGAUGCUCCGGGGCGGAUCGAGCUGUGUUCUGAGGAAAGGGUGGAUCGCCGGACCAUCCACCGGAGGACGGCGGCGACGGUGAUACGGCCUUGGAAAGGGCCUAUACCUAAGGUUAUCUUCCGAGCCACGACAUUGAUCCGUUCGUGGUCGCUACUCACUCCGAUGGAGGCCAGGGAGCAUUUGGUUACUGGAUCUAUCCGCUGGGAGAUGGUAGCGCGGGAUAUCUUCAACCGGUUUGGAUGGCGGUCAUGUAAUAGAAUAGACAAUUAGUUUACCUAUCUUGCUUUAGCCAGCCGGUUGUGGCGUCCCUGUUUUGGCUAGUAUGUGUUUCUAGCCUUUUUGGCUCUGCGUGAGCUUUUGUUUCAGUUGAAGACUUUUGAGACCUUGUUACAACCCUAUUUAUUUGUUUUAAUAAAAUGGCCGUAUGCAUCGUUCUGAUGCAGAGACUGGGGUAACCCCCUUUUCGAAAAGAAAAAAAAGUAAAUAAAAUAAUGGAGCCCUACAGGUAAUUUUCAAAUUUUCAAACUACACAUAAAACAAGAUGAAAGUUUGAACUGUGUGCACAAGAGAUGAACUGCAAUAU